CCGGCCCGGCGGCGGCGCGAGGCCGCCAUGGCCAAGCAGUACGACGUGCUGUUCCGCCUGCUGCUGCUCGGCGACUCGGGCGUGGGUAAGACGUGCCUCCUGUGCCGCUUCACCGACAGCGAGUUCCACCCGGCGCACAUCUCCACCAUCGGGGUGGACUUCAAGAUGAAGACGAUCGAGGUGGAUGGCAUCAAGGUGCGCAUCCAGAUCUGGGACACGGCAGGGCAGGAGCGGUACCAAACCAUCACCAAGCAGUACUACCGGCGGGCACAGGGCAUUUUCCUAGUGUAUGACAUCAGCAGUGAGCGCUCCUACCAGCACAUCGUCAAGUGGGCCAGCGACGUGGACGAGUAUGCACCCGAUGGUGUCCAGAAGAUCCUCAUUGGGAACAAAGCAGACGAAGAGCACAAGAGGCAAGUGGCCAAAGAGCAAGGGCUGCAGCCCUUUGCCUCGCAGCUUGCCCGGGAGUAUGGAAUGGACUUCUAUGAGACCAGUGCCUGCAGCAACCUGAACAUAAAGGAGUCCUUCACCCGACUGACGGAGCUGGUGCUGCAGGCGCACCGCAAGGAGCUGGAGGGGUUGCACACUGCCACGGCCCCCCCUGAGCUGGCCCAGCUGGAGGAGGAUGAGCAGCAGACCCCAGGGGGGCACGACAACCCCAAAAACUGCUGGUGUUGAAGCCUGGCCUCCCCCUGCCCUGCUACAGAGGGGGCAUGGUGGGGGGGACACAAGGAACGGGGACUUACCCCCACUCCACCGCAGCCCCUUGGUGUUUGGGGGGGUCCCAGGCACUGUUGGCAUACCCUGCAACCCUGUUUUGCACACCGUUUCCACAAUAAAGGAGAUACUGGAGCCCCUUCACCGGGAA